AUGUCCGUUAGAUCGCAAAUUACACAGCCAUUAAUAUUUAGAGAGAGGAAAAGCUCGUCUUAUUAUGUACCAACCACCGAAAACCUUCGAAUAUUAGAUAGCAGAAUUGACAGAAAAGAGAGAAAUAUUUCAUCUCAGAUAGACAUAUCAUCUCUACAACAUCCUAAAAACGACACUACUUUCGUAAUUCCUAGUGACAUCAACAAACAUUAUUCUAAACCACAUUCUUCGUCUUCAUCAAACCAUUCAACAAAAAGCCGUCACUUCUUCAACAUCGAUGAUAUCCCGUCUGAUAAAUCUUCGUCAGUCAAUCAACAUUCAUAUAAAGAUCAGACUAAAUUACUUCCAUGUUUAAAUCAGGAUAAAUCUCAGACGAACCGUUCAGAACUAAAAGAUGUCGAAAACAAUGUCUUCAAUAAUCCGGAAAAUAUCGAUAAAUCUCGUUAUCAACCGAUUGAUAAAUUUAUUGACGAUCUUAUUGAAGGACAAGAAACCAUUAUAGAAGAUGCAAAUGCGAUAACUACCGCUAGGUUCGAUGGUUCACCUAAUAAAUGGCCAGAGUUUGUGGAAAACUUUAAAUUUAGAGUACACCUGAAGGUUUCCUUUGACGAUAACACAAGGAUGGAGAGGUUGAUUAGUGUAUUGGACGGUGAGGCUAAGAAGACGGUGUUAUCGAUAGGUGCAAGUGGCAUAUUUUACGCAUCUGCAUUAAAAGCAUUGAAACGUGACUUCGGUAAUCCUGUUGUUGCAUCAUACUUUAAAUUAAAAAACGUGCUCGAUCUUCCUCAAAUACCACCUCGCGACAGAACAUCUCUCCGGCGAUAUCAGCAGCUUCUUAAUUCUAAUAAUACUUGGCUAAUCUCCAUGGGCUACAAAUCUGCUAUUAAUUCAACUGAGAAUUUAGCAAAGGCUGUAGCUAGAUUACCUCACCACUUUCGCAAUCAGUUUUACAAAUUUUCGAAAGGCAAAAUUACGAGUGAGAUUGACUUUGAGAAAUGGUUGAGUUGGAAGUUAUUAGAGCAAUUCAAUCCAAUAGCAAAUUUAAUCGCAGAUCAGGAACAGAAUAAGAUUAAAAAUGGAAAGGAGUCGAAGAGAGAUGAGAAAAUAGUGAGAACAUUUGCAACAGGUGCAGGUAGUGAACGCAGUACGAAGUGUUGGAUUUGUUCAGAAAAUCAUUUUGUUUUUAAGUGCAGAGAAUUCAAAUCAAAACCAGUGGCAGAUCGUAGGAAGUUUGUUUUAGAAAAGGGACUUAGCUUCAAUUGUCUUUCACCUUCUCACAAAAUAAAAGAAUGUAAAUCUAAGAAGAGGUGUCGAGAAGAUAAAUGUGAAAAACGUCACCACACCCUGCUGCAUUUAGGACCGCCACAACAAAAUGAAAAUGAAGAUACAAAGAAUGAACCUGAGGCAAGGAUCACCCGAUCUCGUACCACAAUUGACACCUAUCUUCAAGUUAUCCCGGUUACCGUAACUCAUAACAACAAAUCAGUAACAACCAACGCUAUUUUAGAUAGUGGAUCAGAUAGCACCUUAAUUUGCGAAGAAACAGCGCGGAAACUCGGAUUAGGUGGGAAGGAGCAACCGUUGAGAGUAUCGACGAUCCUAUCGAAUUCACAGACGUUUAAAUCAAAAAUCGUAUUAUUUAAUGUUCACCCUAUCAAUCUAAAAGAAGAAAUCAGAAUCGAAAAAGCAUGGGUUGUACCAGAUCUUAACACUCCUACUAAAAAACGAAACAUCACAGAUUUAAAAGAAAAAUAUGUUCAUUUGAAAGACAUCGAUAUACCAACCUUAAACGACGACAGAGUAACAGUACUUAUUGGAAUUGAUACACCAUCACUUCAUAUUCAACACGAUUAUCGAGUAGGAAAACACAACGAACCAGUAGCUGUUAAAACGCAACUUGGUUGGAUCCUAUUUGGUGGGAAAAAUAAAAACAUAUUUACCAAUAUUAAUCGAUUAGAAAAUGAUACGGAUGAUCUUACUAAAGCAGUAGAAAGAUUUUGGGAAAUCGAGUCAUAUGGAACAAAGCCUCCACUCCAUCCAGACCUACUAACGAAAGACGAAAAACAUGCGUUACACAUACUUAAGUCGACCACGAAAAUGAAAGACGGUCAUUUUGAAGUAGGUUUAUUGUGGAAAGAUAAGAAACCAAAAUUACCGUACAACAGGGAAUUAGCAGUCAAACGUCUGAAAUCUAACGAAAGAAAACUGAGCAAGCAAUCAAUUUUAGCAAAAAAUUACAGAUUACAAGUCAAGGAAUAUAUCGCUCUUGGACAUGCGAGAAAGCUUUCAGACUUUGAGAAAAACCAAACAUCCGAUAUCACCAACUACAUACCACAUCAUGGUGUUGUCCAUCCUAACAAGCCCGGAAAAGUUCGUGUAGUCUUUGACGCAGCUGCAAAGUACAAAGGUAUUUCAUUAAACGACAACUUGUUGCCCGGCCCAGACUUGCUAAACAACCUAGUAUCUGUAUUACUCACAUUCCGUACCUAUCGUUACGCAAUUAUGGCUGACAUUGAAAAAAUGUUUCAUCAGGUCAAAGUAUCAAGGACAGAACAAGAUGCUCUUCGUUUCGUUUGGCGGGAAAACACUAGCGACAACAUUGAUGACUUUGCCAUGCAAGUACAUUUAUUUGGUAAAGUAGACUCACCUUGUUGCGCGAAUUACGCUCUUCGACAAACUAGUAUCGACCACGAUCGCGAAAUCGUAGACGCUAUCACGAAAAAGUUUUACAUGGAUGAUUAUCUGGACUCCAUGAAAACGGUAGACGAAGCCGUAUCGAUUGCAAAAACCGUGACAGAAGCAUUGAAAAGUUGUGGCUUUCGGUUAACAAAAUGGCUUUCAAAUUCAAGUGUUUUCCAAAUACCGAAACCGUAA